AUGGCUUCUCUCUGUGAAUUCGUUGAGCAAGAGACUGGAGCAUCACCAAGAAGCAAGCUUUCAAUCACAAGUGAAAGCAGUCUCGCUUCUGUAGCAUCGCUAUCCAUGCCUCUUAUUCAAGAGAUUGUUCUAUCAGCAGACAUCAGAUGUAGUGACUGCCAAGAGAAAAUCGCCGACAUAAUGUCAAGGAUGAUCGAAACAUAUUCAAUAUUAGUGAGUGUAUUGGAGAAGAAAGUGACGCUGACGUGUACAUAUUCCGGAGACCGGAGAGUCUCAAAGUCAUAUGGAGAAAGUCUUCUCUGCAAAUUCUCCACCAUCAAGCGAAUGCUAUCUCCUUCCUCAAGGAAACAACAACUCAAUGUAGCUUGA